CGUGUGACGGCCGUGACGUGUGUGACGGCCGGGGUGGUGGAAAGACGAGAGUGAUGACGAGAGUGGAGUUGAUGCUGCUCAAGUUGACUGUCAGCAUCUUGACUGCGACUGUCAUGUUGACUGUUGCACAUCACCUGCCUCGGCCAGGUGUUGGAGAGGAGACGCUGAGGGCGGCGGGGCGGUGCGUGGCGGCUGUGGCGGCCAGAGUGUGGCGGCCGCGCUCCUCCGUCAUCCUCCUCACAGAUGGCAGCACCUCCCCCUCCACUGUCUUCACGGAGCUGGGAUGUCUGGGAGCGCCCUGGGGGGUGACGGUGUUCCAGGUACCAGCAGAAGUUAUCAGCUCCAACCUGACGGAGUCGCGCAUGGCGCAGGUGGUGACCCACGCUCGCCAGGUGCGACAGGUGUCGUGGUUGGUGAUGGUGGUGGUGGUGAGCGACGACCCGACCUUCCUGGCCGCCUCAGCCGAGUGGGCCAUCAAGGGCCAUCUUCUGCUGUGGACCAACAGGUUGCUGGCCAUCACCCGCCGACCUCUCUCUGACCUCCGUCACCUCCACACUUCCUUCUCCAUGAUGAACGCCAUGUUGCUCAUCCUGGACACCUCCUCCAGGUGCAGCGUGUGGGUGCACGUCCCGUACAGCAGUACAGUGUUGCAGGUCGCCAAGUGGACGCCCCACAGAGGCCUCUCCCUCACCACCAGCCUCCAGCUCUUCCCCGAGAAGUUCUACAGGUUUCUGGAAAGACCGACGCUGAAGAUGACGGCGACGGAGUUCCCGCCGCACGUGGAGAUGAGGGAGGAGUCUGGUACAGCCGGCCAGAGGUACAUCUUCACCGGCUCCAUGAUCCAGGUCCUCCAGCUGCUUGGCCGCUCCCUCAACUUCAGCUUCACCGUUGUGCCGCCACCUGACGGGUCGUUCGGGACCAAGCUGGCCAACGGGACGGAGACGGGGAUGGUGGGCUUGGUGGCCAGGAAGGAGGUUGACGUGGGCGUUGGUCCGUUCGGAGUCACGGCAGAACGAGCCGAGAUCAUAGACUACACGGUAUCGAUCGUCAGUGACUCUCUGAGGAUCCUUGGAGGUCAGGGCCGACCCGAGGUGGACCCGUGGGGGUUCCUGCUGCCACUGUCUCCUGUAGUGUGGGCGGCCCUGUUGGGGUCCUUCCUGGUGGUGCUGGUCGCUCUCUUCCUGCUCUCCUUCUUCUCCCCCGAAGAGUUCGACUUCUCCAUUUACUUUCGCAUGACGCUACAGAAGAACACGACAAUGCCGCCCGGGCGGUGGUGGGAGCGGCUGGUGCUGGCCAGCUGGAUGUUGAUGAUGCUGGUGUUGACGCAGAGUUACUCCGGUAACCUCAUGUCUCUGUUGGCCGUGAGGUACAUCCCUCAGCCCUUCCAGACCCUGCGGGCUCUCCUGGACUCCUCCUCCACUACCAUGAUCUGGGAGUACAACACGGCCUAUGUCAGUUACUUUCGUAUGUCAAGAUCCGGGAUCUUCCUGGAGGUGCGGGAAUCGGAGCAAGCAGGGCGUAUCGCCUACGUCUUGGCUACGGAGUAUCAGACCAUGUUGGACGAUAGGGUACGAAAGGGUCCAUUUGUCUACGUCGGCGAGGACCUUACUAUCAAAGUUCUCAAGGCUCAGGACUUUUCUCAAACAGGUCGGUGUGACUUCUACACGUCGAGGGAGAGGUUUAUGCCAUUCCAGUACUGCAUGAUAGGAGCGAAGACCAGUCCUCUAGUGCCUUCUAUAAGUCGGAGAAUUACCUGGAUAAAGGAGUUUGGACUCUACGAGUACUGGAUGAAGAGCCUGAAGAUAAAUUCGACUGUGUGUCUGUACCCUCCCUCCAAGAUCACCGUCAGAUCCCCUCUCGCGCUGUCCAACGUCUGGGGAAUGUUUGUGAUCUGUGGUGUUGGGUAUCUGAUGGGUCUGGUGGCGCUGUGCUUCGAGCUGAUCGCCACACGCUUCCACACCUAGUGGUCUUCGUCUCCUGGUUUCCAGUCUUCGUGAUCUCCUCCACUGCCAGAGGUCUUCGUCUGCUUUCAAAACCAUCCAUGUCCAACCCCCACGUUGGUCAACCCACUCGUCCUCCUAAUAGAACGUCGCAUAUUGACGAAUACUUCAGCUAAAGCCUAAAACGUGUUAUAGAAAAUGUCAGCGGCUCGUGAAAUUGAUAUACUGUUCUGUUUUCAGUUUUGGAUACCUUCUCUGGUAAGUUAGGAUAAGGGCACUUUAGUACAACAGUUUUUUGACGUUGGGGAAGCUUAGGAAGGCCGGCUAGGUCAACCACACUCACACUUGUUCUUGACUACGUGUUCGAGAGACUUUGGGGGCUCCAUUUACACAAAAACAUUAAAUUCAUACAUUUUAGUUAUAAUAUUUUUUUACUAUUUAUGUACUAUAUCUUUAGAGUACAAUUAUAUUUGUGUUCCUCUU